CCUUUUCUUUUUAGAUUUGCAUGUGUGACUUAGGUUGUUUCCAGGCAGGUUCCCGGGGCCCUUCUGCAGUCAUGGGGAGAAUGAGGUGGGCUCGGAGAUCUCUUCCAUGGGGCACAGCUUUCAGUGUUUGAACCCGGCCGGGGAGAAGGCAGUGAGAGGCAGAGCCCGUAUGGGAAUUACGCCCUCUGCCAACCGUGCAUAAGUACCCUUUCCAAAACCCCAUCGGGUCUGCCAAGGAUCACCUGCGUGUGCGAGGUCAUACCCACACCCCGGAUCUCCCAGGGACCUGGUCAGAGCGUGGGGUGACACUCCUUGAGGUGCCUGGCUUGGGUGGCGGGGAGCCUGGGGCACCGACUGGCUGUGUCCCCCCCCCCCCCCACAGCCCUCUGAACUUGCCUUGUCUAUAAAACAGGAGUGAACCCCAGUUCCUGGGACACUUUGAGAAUGAGUGCCCUCUCAUCCAGAGCCUCGUGAGGGGAGAAGGGAGAGCGCCUUGUCCACUGCCCUGGCCCCCAGCCUCCAGGAACGAGAGGGCUGUAGAAGGGCACAUGUCGUCUCAGUCUUUUCUACCUAACUUUGGAGAAAAACCCAAGUUGAGAGUCUGGGCGUCUGGGGUGAGGUCCCCGCUCUACAACAGGGUUUGUUAAGGGGGAAGGUGGUCCCUAGAAUCGCUGUGGGUAGCUGCUUGUGUACAUUUUUCUGAGAGAGUCUGAAGUUUUCACGAGUCGCCUAGAGGGGGCUAAUGAAUUUGCAGGCUCCGAACUUGGUUCUGGCACGAGCUAACUGAGCUGCACCUGCCCGCGGGGCUCACACCUCCUAAUAUUUCUUCGUAAGCAACGGACGGGGAGAAGAUUUCAGUCUUAGUGAGCUGGCAAGUUUCUCGUCCUCGGAGGUGGUACACAGGGGACCCUUUAUGUACGGAGAUGGGUGAGAUGGCCUUCCAGCUCAAGAUCUGGGGGUCGGUAUGCUGGUUUCCCUGCAGAACGUUCCUGGGGAGCAUCAGAGACCCCCAUCUGGGUUGCGUUUGAUGGAUGGAGUUAGUCAAAACCAAUGCAGAACAUUUUCUCGAGGUUUUCAGGAGGGUGGGUGGGGUGGGGGUCCUCUUGGAGAACCACAAGGACUCCCGACAUGUCUGGGGCCAGAUCGACUCCAGGGAAAUAGCCUGAUCACGUGUGAUCUCGACCCUUUUUGGCAACAACAGAAAACCUCACCCUCCUUAAUUUAGAGGGAGGUUUUUUUGUUCAUUUGCUCUCAGGCAUUCAGACCGAUGGGAGCUGCUCCAGUUCAGAGAUGUUGGGGAAACGUGUUGUUCGCUCAUUUGUGUUCUCGUUGUGGUAAAAUGCACAUCACGGGAGAGUGACCGUUUUCACCAUUUUUUGAGUGUGCAGUUCUGUGGCAUUAAAUGCAUUCACAAUGUUGUGCAACCAUCACCACCGUCCAUCUCAAGAACUCUCUUCAUCUUCUCAAACUGAAACUGCCCUUUCUGUGUCUAUGAAUCUGACUUCUCUGGAGAUGUCGUAUAAGCCGAGUCCUAUGACAUUCGUCCUUUCGUGACUGUCUUAUUUCGCUUACACGUGCCCUCGAGGCCCAUCAUGUUGUGGCAGGUAUCAGGACCUCCUUCCUCGAUACGGCUGAAUAAUGGUCUGUUGCAUGGAACAGCCAUAUUUUGUUUGUCUACCCCCUGCUGAUGGACAGUUGGGUUGUUUCCUUCCAUCUUUUGGUUAUUGCGAACAGCGCCGCGAUCAGUUUGGGUAGACAGGCAUCUGUUUGAGUCCCUGCCUUCCGUUCUUUCGGGUGUAAGCUCAGAAGUUGGUUCACUCAGGAUAACUGCAGUCUCUCAACGUAAGAGGAAGACAGGACAAGUGCUUGCAAAUUUCAAAUAAGAAUACUGACCGCUCUCCACGCGGGGCCCCUAACAUCGCCCCAGACCCAUUUCCCCUGACUCUUACCUGGAAAAGGGUUUUUAAUUUUUGUUUGUGUUUCCCCUUGAGACACGUCUUUAAACAGAAAGGAAGUCUGAAGCGUCCUCUAUCACUGACUCUGAGAAACAACGGAGUCUUACCCAACCCUCCCAAAAAGGGAACCCGGGUGAUGAGUUUCUCAGUCAAGGUGUGGGGUGUGCGCUCACAAUGCCACGCUCCUUCCUGGUAAAGAGCAAGAAAGCUCACACCUACCACCAGCCCCGCCUCCAGGAAGAUGAACCCAUCUGGCCUCCUGCCUUUAGCCCUGGCGCCAGGGACCAGGUCCUGAGCAACGAUCCUGUCCUCAGCACCCUGUUCCCGAACCAGCGCCUGGCCUGGACUGACCUCAAACGGGAAACAGAGCUGGAACUGGACCAGAGCCUGACCAGGACGGCCUUGGUGCCAGAGGGCCCCGCUGUGAUGCCCCGAUCCCAGGACAGGGACUCCGACUCACCCCCGUUCUACAAGCCCAGCUUCUCCUGGGAUGCCCUGGCCUCCUCCUAUGGCCACAGCUACCGGCAGGCCCCCUCCACCAUGCAGUCUGCCUUCCUGGAGCGCUCCGUCAGCCUGUAUGGGAGCCCCCUGGUGCCCAGCACUGAGCCGCCCUUGGACUUCAGCCUCCGCUGCUCCCCGGGCAUGGACGCGUACCACUGUAUCAAGUGCAACAAGGUGUUCUCCACCCCACAUGGGCUCGAAGUGCACGUCCGACGCUCCCACAGCGGGACCCGGCCCUUCGCCUGUGACAUCUGUGGCAAAACGUUCGGCCAUGCCGUGAGCCUGGAGCAGCACACGCACGUCCACUCCCAGGGGAUCCCGGCAGGGCCCGGUCCUGCACCCAGCGUGGCAGUCCCGGGUCUCGAGGCCCCGCCUGCGCCUGACCCCCCGGGGCCUCGUUUCCUCCGGCAGGAGCGCAGCUUCGAGUGCCGGAUGUGCGGCAAAGCCUUCAAGCGCUCGUCCACCCUGUCCACGCACCUGCUUAUCCACUCGGACACGCGGCCCUACCCCUGCCAGUUCUGCGGGAAGCGUUUCCACCAGAAGUCGGACAUGAAGAAACACACCUACAUCCACACCGGUGAGAAGCCACACAAGUGCCAGGUGUGCGGGAAGGCCUUCAGCCAGAGCUCCAACCUCAUCACCCACAGCCGGAAGCACACUGGCUUCAAGCCCUUCAGCUGUGAGCUGUGCACCAAAGGCUUUCAGCGCAAGGUAGACCUGCGGCGGCACCGGGAAAGCCAGCACAAUCUCAAGUGAGGCUGCACCCGCCCCCGGCUCCGGGCCAGCCCGCCCUGAGGUCCCGAGACCCAGAGGGAGGCCGGCCUCCUGCACCCACAUCCCCCCCCCCCCCCCCCCCGCCCAGUCCCCUGGAGUCAGCACCGGACGGGAAUCUUGCAGCCUGUUUUGAGACUCACGAAAUUGCUGUGUGACCUCGAGCAAGUGGCUUUCCCUCUCUGGACCGACAUGUUCCUACGGCAAAGGGUGGGGACUGGGUCGGGUCUUUUCUGAGCUGAAGUUGUCUAGAGAUCUAAGAGCUUGGGCGCCUUCCCCAGGGCAGAGCCCAGAAGGCCAGCGUAGCCCCCUGUGGACAGGGGGAGGCUGAGAAUAGACCGGAACUGGGAUCCACAGAGAAAUCUUCCCCCUGCCCACUGCCCUUUGUGCUGAGAUCUGGUUUUCAGCGGGCCUCUUUCUGGCUGCCACGGAUGGCCAGAGCCGUCUCCUGCCCCAGAGGGAGGCCCGACACCCCUCUGCUUCAGGCAGUGCUGCUGCCACUCAGCUGGCCAUGGGGGUUCCAGUUCUGCUUUGAGGCCACGGGGCUGGAGAAAACAGCAGUUAACCGCCAUCAAAAGCCCGUCCCUCUCUCUCAACUGCCGUAAAUCCAAAUAAAGACACAGCUUUAUUUACAUUUGACCCGCGUCUAACAAGUGCCUAGUGGGUGCGAGCUGGCUUUGGGAAGGGAUGGUAGGGAGCUUUAAAAGGCAGAGAAGGCUGGGGCGCCUGUCUGGCUCAGUGCGAACAGGAUGUGCCUCUUGAUCUCGGGGUUGUGAGUUCGAGCACCACGUUGG